AUGAAAUUUAGAGCCAACGUUAUCAAUCAAAAGCUCUUUCUCAACAUUGUGCAAUCCCUCGAGAAAGUAGACAAGACUGGCAUCAUUCGUUUCAGCAAAUUUAAAAUUCUCUUCGUAUCAAAACAAACCGAUGGUGAAAACGUUCAAGUGUACGGAUCAGUGGUUGCACAAGCAUUAUUUUCGGAAUUACGAAUCCAGUCCAAGCUCCGAAAUGAAAUAGUGUUUGAAGUAACAUUGAAGAAUUUAGCAUCAGCGUUAAAAACAGCUACUAAUGCUCUUGCAACCAGUGCAAAAUUAACAAAGAAGCAUGAUGUCGGAUAUUUGACUUUUGAAAUUAAAACACAAGUAUCGAAAAAAGAGACAUCCAAUGUUGUUACGAUCGUACAAGAUGUUCCCAUUAGAGUCUUGCUACACGAAGAAAUUCAAGCUAGAAUUAUGGAACCAGAUUAUUCUCAAUUUUGCUCUAAUCCUCUCAUGAUCAGUUUACCAAAACUAAAAGAAAUGAAAUCCGUGGUUGAUAAGAUGAAAUCGACACACAACGGUAAUGUGGACGUGGCAGGUUCACCUUCUGGUCAACUCCGGUUGGUCGUCAAUAGUACUCUGGUCUCCAUUAGAACCAUUUACAAGGGAUUGACUGUAAGGCGAGAAGGUAUGAACACAAAUGAAGUUUAUACAUCAGAAAUUACUGUACGAUUGAAAUCUCUCUCUAGGUUCCUUCAUGCUCAUAUCACAAAUCCUACCGAUGUAGAUUGUAUUUUUAUUGAUGGUCAUGCCUUAAUCAUGGAUGUUAAACUAGAAACUAGUGGAGUUGAAGAGACUGACAAGAGUUAUCUCACCUAUUAUAUUGCUGCUGUACAGGAAUGA